AUGGAUCACACAUGCAUUUCACGCGACACAUGUCAUCCCAUCUAUAAAAGAGAGAACACCCUGGCCAUACAAUUGAAAAAGAGGAAGAACCGAACAGCACCGGAGCAAAGGAAGAACGCCGCCGCGUGCAGACGACCCAGUCUAUUGCCCGUUGAGAUGGGCAUUUGGUUGUAUGAUGUGUUGAAUCUUUCAGGAAAACCCCUUAACUUAAAUAAUUCAUCGAACAGUUGGAGGUUGAACAACGUGACCAACACAAUUGAUAGAGUGACUGGGUAUUCGAACAAUUCUUGGUACUUCUCAUCAAACUAUCCAAAUGUAAAUAUCCAAGUCUACGAUGCUGGUUCUUGGAGAUUGACCAUUGAUGUUACACAGAACACUACGUUGAAGAGGUUAAGCGCAACAUGGGGCAUAACAAGGAAUUAUACGCGCUUUAACUUUAUUUUUCAAGACACUGUGAUUUGGUUUUAUUCCUCAAACCAUCCUCUCACGUUGGAUGGGAGGCAGCAACAGGGAUGGUAUCUGGAUGUUACUGAGGAAAACCUCAAAUGGGAGCCCUAUAACGUGGCUUCAUAGUAUGGUAUUUCAUGACCAUUAAUCCAGUUUUAAUUUGCAGUUUCAGCCUGACCAUUAAUUAAGUGUGUAAUAAAGCUUGAGGCAGAAAAACAUGUGGAAAUGUUUGCUUGGAGGCAUUAUGCUAUUAUAUAUAAUAAAAGGAAAAGAGGAACUAUGUUUAUUUCCA